AUGUCACCGAUUCCAGGGUCAUCCCCUUUAGGGUGUAUAUUAAGACACUGGAAAGAAGGAGGAUUCGGGCAAGAGAUGCAAAAGAAAAAGUUGAUAGAUUAUUGUAAUGUUUGGUGGACUCAAUACGCUUUGGAGGAUCAAGUGCAGUGGCCGGAACACGGGACUUUGGACUAUAAUACUAUUUUGCAGCUAAUGUAUUGCAAGCAGGAAGGAAAAUGGGACGAGGUCCCGUAUGUGGAGUUGUUCUUUGUGUUACGGAAUAAUAGGGAGUGGCAAAAGGAGUGUGGAAUUAUGUUGUUAGAAACUGAGUCGAACAGUAGAUGUCGGGGUUGUAGCGCUGAGGGAAAAUGUAUACAGUGUUCGGCAGUAGAGAAUGUAGUGCAGCACCGGCAAGAUGAGGAUUUUGAUCUCUUAAUAGCCCCCUUGACUCCUACAGCCCCAGAGAUAUACAAGGAAGAGAAUUUAGAGAAACAGGUGGAGGAUUCAAACACCCCGAUAUCUCAUAGAACACGGCAACGAGAAACAGUAGAGCAAGGAGCAAAAACAAAGAUAAUGGCUCCAUUGAGACAGGGCAUAGGAGCUGAAGGACCGGUUUAUGUAAAGGUACCGUUUUCUCCCGGAGAUCUAAUGCUCUGGAAACAAUCAGCCGGGACUUACCGAGAAAAUCCAGAUAAAGUGGCACGGGUAGUAAAAAUGAUUAUGAAAACACAAAAUCCGGAUUGGGAUGACAUACAGGUGUUGUUAGAUACACUAAUGGAUACAACAGAGAAGGGAAUGGUAUUAAAAGCGGCACGGGAACGAGUAAGAGAGGACAUAAGACAGGGAGUAGCCACUGGAACAGUGGAACAAAACUUUCCUAUAGAGGAUCCGAUGUGGGACUAA